AUGUCAUAUACUGUAUGUCAGUCGUCGCAGCACCGCAUGCUGUCGUGCACCUCUGCACCGAGCCCACGCUGGGGGCAGAACCGGCGCUAAUUAAUUGAACGAGGGAACCUGUUGAGGCUUCCCUCCUCGUCUUUGCCAUUAAUCACACUUCAUUUGAUGCUGCAAGUUGCUGCUCAGGACUCGAGCACACUUCCCGAGCUGAGGAGCGUCUCACGGCAAAGCAGCAGCAGGAUGUCCAACAACAUGGCCAAGAUUGCGGAUGCGCGAAAGACGGUUGAGCAAUUAAAGCUCGAGGUCAACAUAGAAAGGAUGAUGGUAUCCAAAGCAGCAGCGGAUCUGAUGGCCUAUUGUGAAACUCAUGCCAAAGAUGACCCCCUGGUGACCCCCGUACCUUCCUCAGAGAACCCCUUUAGAGAGAAGAAAAUAUUCUGUGAAAUACUGUAAGACCACUGUGGGCAUUGAUGGAGUAUCGAUGUAGUUUCACGUUUGUUUUACAGUAACACGAACGUCUUUAUUUUCACAACUGCCUCGUUGUGUGUUUUUGUCACUCUAUGGUACAUAGAGGAAUUUCCAUGUUUGAAGCUGAUCAAGACGGCAAUAAACACUUUCUGCAAAAUAAGCGCAAUGCUAAUUUAAA